CCUUCACUCAUCACUUAGAUCUUUCUUCUCUUCACUAACAAAAAAACCAGAGUUUGCAGAACAAAAACAAAAUGAGUGAUCAGAGGCAUCAGCUGUUAGGGUGGCUUCUGUUAAUCGGCCUUGUCUGCUCUCCGACCGCAUUCGCCGACGGCCCUGUCUGUCCCAAGACCGAGACUCUUAGCCGGGCAAGCUUCCCCAAAGGCUUCAUCUUCGGUACCGCCACUGCUUCGUAUCAGGUUGAAGGUGCGGUCGACGAGGGUUGUCGAGGUCCGAGCAUGUGGGACCUCUACGCCAAGAAAUACCCACACAGAUGCAACAACGAUCACGGCGACGUUGCCGUCGAUUUCUACCAUCGUUACAAGGAAGAUAUACAGUUGAUGAAGAAGAUGAACACUGACGGGUUUAGGCUCUCCAUUGCGUGGCCCAGAAUAUUUCCCCAUGGGAGGAUGGAGAAAGGAGUGAGCAAAGCUGGGGUUCAAUUCUACCACGACCUCAUCGAUGAGCUCCUUGCAAAUGGCCAAACACCAUUAGUAACAGUGUAUCAUUGGGACAUUCCCCAAGAUUUGGAGGACGAAUACGGUGGCUUUUUGAGCGAGCGCAUUGUCAAGGAUUUCGCGGAAUACGCGAACUUUCUGUUCCAAGAAUACGGGGGCAAAGUGAAGCACUGGAUCACAUUGAACGAGCCAUGGGUGUACAGUCGAGCGGGUUACGAUAUCGGGAAGAAAGCACCUGGUCGUUGUUCUAAGUAUGUUAAAGACGAAUGCCAAGAUGGGCGGUCCGGAUACGAAGCUUACAUCGUCAGUCACAAUUUGCUCUUAGCCCACGCAGAAGCCGUUCACCUAUUCAGACAGUGUGAGAAGUGCAAAGGUGGUAAGAUUGGAAUUUCGCACAGUCCGGCUUGGUUUGAACCAAGCGAUCUCGAGGGAGGACAUCAAGAUCUUACCGUUGACCGUGUUCUUGACUUUAUCCUUGGAUGGCAUCUUGCUCCGACAACGUUCGGAGAUUACCCGCAGAAGAUGAAAGAUCUCGUAGGGUUCAGACUUCCGAGGUUUACGGAAGAACAGAAGAAGAAACUCGCAAACUCUGCUGAUUAUGUCGGAAUCAAUUACUACAGCUCGUUCUUCUCAACCCACAACGAGAAACCUGACUUCUCGAAACCAAGUUGGCAAGCCGAUUCUCUCGUCAAUUGGGACCCUAAGACUGUGGACGGAACUAGCAUUGGUAGCAUGCCUUCCACCGCUAAAAUGGCUGUGUACGCAAGAGGUUUGAGAAAGCUUAUGAAAUACAUUAAGGACAACUAUGGCAACCCCGAGAUCAUGAUCACUGAGAACGGAUAUGGAGAGGAUCUUGGUGAAAACCACCACAAUCUCGAAGUUGGAAUCGCUGACUACAACAGGAAAUACUAUCUGCAAAGGCAUCUCUUGAGCUUGCACGAAGCCAUUUGCGAGGACAAGGUGAACGUCACGGGGUACUUCGUGUGGUCGAUGAUGGACAACUUCGAGUGGCAAGACGGGUACAAGGCUAGGUUCGGGCUCUACUACAUCGACUUCAAGAACAAUCUGACUCGCCACCUCAAGGAAUCCGGCAAGUGGUACACCAACUUCCUCAAGCAGGAACUUCCAAAGAAAUCGGAGCUCUGAGAUGAGAGUCUUGAGUUCACACUCGGACACAAUCUUCGAUGUCUUAAAUAACUAAAUUAUCCAAAAAAAAAAACAUUCGAGGAUUGAUUCGGUCUUGUCUGUGUUUUCCCCCUUCCUAUGUUUGAUUCGGUGAUCUCGGCGUUUGUAAGAGCGAGAAAGACGACCACGCUUUCGGUGCUCUUUCAGUUUUCUUAGUAUUAUAAUAAAUGCUCUCUUUUGCAUUAAA